AUGGCCCAACGAGUUGAGUAUAGACCGAGAGGCACAUCUUGUCCUGCGGCUGACAUAACCAAGCUCCAAUACCGCAUGGUCGAGCAGGGCUACGCCGGCAAGUUCCCGUUGCAGCCAGAGGGACUCCCCGCCAACAUCGGCUCCGACGGCGCCACGGUGUGUGUGGUUUUCUUUGUGCCGACCAAACAGGGCAAUGCUCUGGUCGGCCAUGUCGAUAAUGCCUGUGUGGUGAGGGCUUCGAGCGGUGAGAAAUACAAUGCCUUGGUGCGUGAUGCCAAGCAGCGCAUCAGCGGAUUUCUGGGCGGCGAUACGGUUGAUCCCACGUCCACAUGGUACGUGACCGACAACGAUGACAAGCAUUUCGGCAAGGCUGUCCGGGAAGCCAUCAUCGAGGCAACGGGUGUUUCGACGGCCACGAUGGAGUCGAAGAAGCGCAACGGGUUCAUGGUGCCGGUCGAGGGCGGGAUCCCCAAGAAGGCCGUGUGGGCGGAUGGGAAUGGCGUCAAGGACCACGAUCCUGUGCCGGUAACGUGUGCCACCAAGUGGACAAACGAGAUGGCGGUGUAG